GUGCCAACUGCCAAGUGCCAGGGUGCGCUUUCUCUCUGUGAAAACAAAUGGAAGCGGUUAGAAGUUGAGCUCCGAUAUUUCUUAGAUUAACGUUUAUUAGCAGUAAUUAGUGUUAAGAGUAAAUGCGUGCGUGUUUUAUUCAAAGGCUUGUGUGUAUUUAAUUAGAAUAGUGUAGCAGAUCCGUGAUCGAAUAUGGUGCGAAGUAGCGACAAGGACAGACAUCAUCGGCGGAGAUCAAGAUCGCGAUCGAGAUCGAGAUCGGGCGAACCCGAUAAGAAACGACGACGUUCCAGAAGUAGGGAACGAGAAAGGGACAGAGACAAGGGACGACAUCGAGAGCGGAGGAGUCGUUCGCGAGACAGAGAAAGGGAAAGGAGCGACAGGAGAGAGCGUUCCGAGAGGGACAAGGAUCGCGAAAGAAAACGUGGAGACAGUAAAGAAAAGCGUCUUACAGGCUCGAAAUCCUCGCGCUCUGGCAAAGAACGAUCAAACAGGUCUCGUUCGCGUGAUCGAAAGGAUAAAGAAAAGGGGGACAAUGAGGAAUUACCUUUUGAUCACACAAAGUUAGACAAGGAGGAAGAGCAGAAAAGACUGGAAUUGGAAAUGCAAAAGAGAAGGGAGAGGAUAGAACGAUGGCGUGCAGAAAGGAAGAAGAAAGAACUUGAAGCGACCAAAAAAGACGGUAAGACAUCUAUUUUGGCAAAUCUUCAGCUACCCAUGAAAAAGUGGUCCCUUGAGGAUGAUAGUGAUGAAGAGACUCCUGUGGUACAGAAUAACAAAGAGGCAAAAGAAGAAGGUGUAAAGGAAGAAAUUGAGGAAUUGAAGGAAGAGGUAAAAGAUGAAGAGGAGGAGAUUGAUCCACUUGACGCUUUCAUGGCAGAGGUUCAAGAAGAAGUUAGAAAAGUGAAUAAAGUUGAUGGCAAAGCUCCGAAAAAUGCCAACAAUGGCUCUAAUUCUGCAUCGCAGAGUGGUGGUGUUGUCAUUAUGACUGGAGUAGCUAAGAAAAAAGUACAGAAACAGAAAGGAGAAUUGAUUGAACAAAAUCAAGAUGGAUUGGAGUAUUCGAGCGAAGAAGAAGGUGAGAAUCUUCACGAGACCGCGGCUGGCAUAGCAAACAAACAGAAGAGAGAAUUAGCUAAAGUUGAUCAUGCUACAACAGAGUAUCAACCAUUCCGAAAGUCUUUUUACGUCGAAGUGCCUGAGAUUGCAAGAAUGACACCAGAAGAAGUGGAAGUAUACAAGGAAGAAUUGGAAGGUAUUCGCGUGAAAGGUAAAGGUUGUCCUAAGCCCAUCAAAUCCUGGGCACAAUGUGGCGUGACCAAAAAAGAAUUAGAAGUAUUAAAGAAACUUGGUUAUGAGAAACCGACGCCCAUUCAGUGCCAGGCAAUUCCGGCAAUCAUGUCCGGUCGUGAUCUGAUAGGUAUAGCAAAAACCGGUAGCGGAAAAACGUUAGCUUUUUUGUUACCGAUGUUUCGUCACAUACUCGAUCAACCACCGUUGGCCGAUGGUGACGGACCAAUCGCGUUGAUUAUGACUCCGACUAGAGAAUUGUGCAUGCAAAUCGGCAGGGAUUCGAAAAAAUUUACAAAAUCGUUGGGUCUUUCGCACGUGUGCGUUUAUGGCGGAACUGGCAUUUCUGAGCAAAUAGCAGAGCUUAAGAGAGGAGCUGAAAUCAUCGUAUGCACACCGGGAAGGAUGAUCGACAUGCUUGCUGCUAACAGCGGACGAGUGACCAAUUUACGUCGAGUAACGUAUGUAGUGCUUGAUGAGGCCGACAGGAUGUUUGACAUGGGUUUUGAGCCGCAGGUGAUGCGUAUUAUGGAGAAUGUAAGACCGGAUAGACAGACGGUGCUAUUUAGCGCGACGUUCCCGCGACAAAUGGAGGCGCUGGCUAGAAGAAUACUAACGAGACCGGUCGAGGUACAGGUCGGUGGACGUUCUGUCGUUUGCAAGGAUGUGGAACAACAUGUGGUUGUACUCGAGGAGGACCAGAAGUUCUACAAGUUGCUUGAAAUUCUUGGGCAUUAUCAAGACAAAGGCUCCACUAUUAUAUUCGUAGACAAGCAAGAGAACGCAGAUACGUUGCUCAAAGAUCUCAUGAAGGCUUCGUAUUCCUGCAUGUCUCUUCACGGUGGUAUAGAUCAAUGCGAUCGAGAUUCAACUAUAUUGGACUUCAAAGCAGGACGAACAAAAUUGCUCGUAGCCACAUCCGUCGCCGCUAGAGGUUUGGAUGUCAAGCACUUGGUAUUGGUCGUUAAUUACGAUUGCCCUAAUCACUAUGAGGAUUACGUACAUAGAUGUGGUAGAACUGGUCGAGCCGGAAAUAAAGGGUAUGCGUACACUUUUAUUACAUCGGAACAAGAACGUUACGCCGGCGAUAUUUUACGUGCGCAUGAGUUAGCCGGUGUACCCGUCCCAGAACCUUUACGUCAAUUAUGGGAAGGUUACAAAGCCCGUCAAGCCGCGGAUGGAAAGAAAGUUCAUACCGGAGGUGGAUUCAGUGGCAAAGGAUUCAAAUUCGACGAAUCGGAAGCCGCAUUAGCGAACGAGAAAAAGAAAUUCCAGAAGGCGGCCUUAGGUUUGCAAGAUUCCGACGACGAGGAUAUAGAAAACGAUAUUGAUCAACAGAUCGAGAGUAUGCUGGCACCUAAGCGAACAGUUCGUGAAAUAGCCAAACCGACUGCGACCAGUAUUACCGUGCCCGGUCAGCCGAUACCAAGUGCCACCGAUAAGUUGGAAUUGGCCAGAAGAUUGGCGUCAAAGAUAAAUAUUGCGAAGAAUCUGGGUGCCGAGGCGAAAGGCGCUACUCAACAAGCAGCAGAAGCCAUACUCAAGGGUGCAGGACCUACGAAUCUUAUUACGGCAAAGACAGUUGCGGAACAACUGGCGGCGAAGUUGAAUACUAAAUUGAAUUAUCAGCCGCGCGAGGAAGAUCUCGUGGAAAGCGAUGUGGAAACGGGCGAGCAGACAUUCCGCAAAUAUGAAGAAGAGCUUGAGAUCAACGACUUCCCACAACAAGCGAGAUGGCGAGUCACGAGCAAGGAGGCUCUUGCUCAGAUCUCGGAAUAUUCUGAGGCGGGUCUGACAGUGAGAGGAACGUAUAUCGCGCCUGGUAAAACGCCACCGGAAGGCGAGAGAAAGUUAUACUUGGCAAUAGAGUCGACGAGCGAGUUAGCGGUUAGCAAAGCCAAAGCGGAAGUGUCCCGGCUCAUCAAAGAGGAACUUAUUAAACUACAAGCGUCUGGCGCUCAUACGGCGUCGCGAGGUCGAUACAAAGUUUUAUAAAGUUUUGAGAUCAUUUUGAUGAGAUAUGCUGAAAUAAGGAUAUCAUGUCAUACAUUGGAUGCAUAAGGUAAAAGUUUAGAAAUUUAUUAUACAUGCAAACGACUGUUUUUAACAGACAGUAUAAUAACAAAAUAUACUUAACGACUAUGAGAG